GGCGCGCAGCGCGCCAACCGCGCCAGCGCCAUACACCAUGUCCAGGCAGAAGAUGGCGAGACUCAGUAUGAAGAAGAGGUUACGUCGGGGUCCGACUUCGAAGAAGACCUGCAUCAUCUCUGCUUAAACGAUUAUAAAUCGGUAUAAGGAGUUAUUUAGCGGAGGACUAGGGCGGUUUAGAGGUGGAAAAGCGACACUUCGAGUACGCGAGGGGGCCACACCGGUGUUCUGUCGCGCGCGGCCGCUGCCGUACGCGCUGCGCGACCGCGUCGAGGCGGAGCUGGACGAGAUGCUGCGCUGCGGCGUCAUCGAGCCGGUCGACACGUCGGAGUGGGCCACGCCGCUGGUACCGGUGCGUAAAGCCGAUGGGGGUCUGCGAAUCUGUGCGGAUUACAAGGUACCUCGGCCCGAACCAGUGGAACACUCUGACGAGGCACCUGACCACUCUGACCACGCUGACACUCCAGUAGCCACGAGCACGCCGCGGCGCAGUCAUCAAAGUCCGGAUUCGAGCCGAGCAGCUGACGCGCGGCCCGGAACACCGCAGAGUUCGCCAAGGUCAAGUUGUAGCGAAGACCUAUUUUUGUCACCUACAACAAGUACAACUCCACCUUCUAAACCGCCCCAGUUACCUAGGCAUAUUAGGGAAUGUCGAUUAAAAAACCCACCGAAGUAUAAAUUUUAGUUUAAAUAGUUUUUAAGUUUACUUCUAUAUGUAUCAUGCUACCCCUGAACUUAGAUAAAUACUUACCUUAAAAUGAAGGUAUACCUAAAGAUACUGUGUGUUUGUUUACUAUUUUAAUUAUCUUGGUUGAUAAAAUGUUUUCUUUUAAGGUACGAAAAAAAAAAAAAAAAAAAAAAAUAAAAAAAAAGGAGAAGAUAGGUUGUUGAUAUCUGUUUCGAAAGUAUUUUUUUUAAUAUUAGGUAUAAUGUUUUUAGAAGAGAGUAGUGUAAUGUAUGUACCUAUAUACUUGUUUACUGUUAUGUCGCGGUGCGCUCUCUGCAGGCCACCCAGUCUCGCAAUAAAUGUUUAACUGACCGGA